AUGGUCAAGACUUCCGUCCUCAACGAUGCGCUCAACGCCAUCAACAACGCUGAGAAGGCUGGCAAGCGCCAGGUCCUGAUCCGUCCUUCCUCCAAGGUCAUUGUCAAGUUCCUCACUGUCAUGCAGCGUCACGGUUACAUUGGCGAGUUCGAGGAGGUCGACGACCACCGCAACGGCAAGAUCGUCAUCCAGCUCAACGGCCGCAUCAACAAGACCGGUGUCAUCUCUCCCCGCUACAACGUCCAGCUCCGCGACAUGGAGAAGUGGGUCGUCAAGCUACUUCCCUCGCGUCAAUUCGGUUACAUUGUCCUGACCACCUCCGCUGGUAUCAUGGACCACGAGGAGGCCCGCAGGAAGCACGUUGCUGGCAAGAUUCUCGGUUUCUUCUACUAG